AUCGAAGAAAAAUUGUUCUUCUUUUCUUUUUUAUUUUCUACAAAUUAAGACUUUUUCUUGUAGAGCUUGUUUUGUUUUUGAAUAGAUUACAUUACAAAUGAAAGAAUCAGACCAACACUUUCAGCACGAUAAGAAAAUAUUGGUUUCUGAUUCACAAGACGAAGGCAUGGUUGCAGAAGCGGCUCCUCGUGAAGUUUAUGUAAGCACUGGUGGAUUUGGAGAAGGCAAAGAAGAGAUCAAUAUCGAAGCGGCACUUGAUGAAUAUUAUGAUUUGAAACAAGAGCUGUCUCAUAUCAGUCGUAAAUCAUCCAGAGUAUCAGGAAAGCUAGAAGAGGGAACUGCCGAUCAGGACGAUUUCAAUCUUAGCGACUUCUUGCACGGCAUGUCAAAUGACCAAAGGCAAGCAGGACAUCAACCAAAGCAUUUGGGUGUAAUUUGGAAAAAUUUAUCUGUGGAGGGUGUAGGCGCAGAGGCUCAUACUAUUCCUACUGUUACCAGUGGUAUCAUUAAGAACCUUCAAUUCUGGAAACUGUUUGGUUUCGGAACCAAGAAAAGCGUGAAGAUUAUUCUGAAAGAUCUUUCUGGAUUCUGUAAGGACGGUGAAAUGCUAUUACUCUUGGGUCGCCCCGGAGCUGGAUGUACUACUUUAUUAAAGAUCAUUUCAAACAUGCGCAGCUCUUUCACGGAUAUUCAAGGAACCGUAAACUACGGUGGAUUUGACCAGAAGCAUUUUGCUAGCAAGUUUCAUGGCCAAACAUGCUAUAAUUCUGAAGAAGAUCAGCACUAUCCUACAUUAAGCACCAAACAAACAUUACAAUUUGCACUCCGUACCAAAACUCCGGGUACGCGCUUACCCAACGAAUCCAAAAAAGAGUUUAUUGAUAAGGUUCUCUACAUGCUCGGUAAUAUGCUGGGUCUCACCAAGCAAAUGCACACCAUGGUUGGAAAUGCUUUUGUUCGUGGUCUUUCUGGUGGUGAACGAAAACGUCUUUCGAUCGCAGAACAAAUGACAACACAAAGUACAAUUAAUUGUUGGGAUUGUUCCACUCGUGGUCUAGAUGCUGCCUCUGCAUUAGACUAUGUACGGUCACUUCGCAUCAUGACAGAUGUAUUCCAUAAGACAACGGUAGCUACACUAUAUCAAGCAUCAAAUAACAUCUUUACUCUCUUUGACAAAGUCUUGCUUUUGGAUGAUGGUUACUGCCUAUACUUUGGCCCUACAAGAUUAGCAAAACGAUACUUUGAAGAUCUUGGGUUCUAUUGUCCACCUCGAAAGUCGAUACCUGAUUUUUUAACAGGCCUGUGCAACCCAAUCGAACGUGAAAUCAUACCUGGAUUUGAAAAUUCCGUGCCUGUCUUGGCAACUGAUUUCCAGAGAUGUUAUUAUGGAUCGUCUAUUUAUCAAGACAUGAUGCAAGAAUUAAAAGCCUACGAAGAAGUUUUGGAGAGAGAAAAUCCUGCAGAGACUUUUAAAGAAGCCAUGGAUCAAGAACAUCAAAAGCGUGCGCCUAAAGGAUCUCCUUAUAUUGCUUCAUUUUACCAGCAAGUGCUUGCUUUAACCGCUCGUCAAUAUUAUCUCUUGAUUAAAGAUUUACCGUCACUUAUCUCUCGGUAUGGUACUAUUCUGAUCCAAUCUCUGAUCAUGGCUUCUUGUUUCUAUCAGAUUCCGGGUGACGGUAACGGUGCUUUCUCACGUGGCGGUGCAAUCUUUUUUUCGGUGUUAUUCAACUCUUUAGUAUCUCAAUCUGAAUUGAUUCAUUUUUUAAUGGGUAGACCAGUCCUGGAAAAACAUAAACAGUAUGCAUUAUACAGACCUUCUGCAUUUUAUGUGGCGCAAGUCAUUAUGGAUAUUCCCUAUGCAUUUGCACAAGUACUUUUAUUUGAAAUCUGCGCCUAUUUUAUGAUGGGACUGAAUUUGGAUGCUGGAAGAUUUUUCACCUUCUUUAUUGGAUUGUUCUUCAUUAAUAUGUGCAUGAACGGCUUUUUCCGAAUGUUUGGCGCAGUUACAUCAAGUUUCUUUUUAGCAACCCAAACAGCCGGUGUGUGUCUUAUCGCGAUCGUUACGUAUUGUGGUUAUGUGAUUUCUUAUGGUGACAUGCAUCCCUGGUUGUCCUGGAUUUAUUGGAUCAGUCCUAUCGGCUAUGGUUUCAAGACACUUUUGGUGAACGAAAUGAAAGGCCAAGUGUACUCUUGUGAAGGCGCUGGAAACGCUAUUCCGUUUGGUCCCGGUUACGAUGACUGGAAUUACAAAGUCUGUACUAUGGCUGGCGGUAACCCGGGAGAAAAUUUUGUGACAGGUGACAGCUAUCUGAAGAAAACCUUUCAGUGGAACACCGCUGACUUAUGGGCUCCUGAUUUUGUCGCAGUGGUUGGUUUCUUUAUUCUUUUCACCUUGAUCACAGCGCUCGCUAUGGAAUAUAGUGAUGUGAGUAAAGUAGGUUCCUUGACCAAGCUUUACAUUCCUGGAAAGGCACCCAAACAACGUACACCCGAAGAAGAAGCCAAUCGUCUUCGUAGACAAGCAACAAACUCUGAAAAGAUGGAAGCUAUUUCUUCUGGUACUACGUUUUCCUGGCAAGACGUCAAUUACUCUGUUCCUAUCAAGGGCGGUAGUCUUCAACUAUUGAACAACAUUAGCGGCAUUGUAAAACCAGGACAUUUGACGGCUUUGAUGGGUUCCUCGGGUGCGGGUAAGACGACGCUUUUAGAUGUGCUGGCUCGAAGAAAAACACUUGGUACAGUCGACGGUCGUCUUUAUUUAAACGGUGAAACUUUGAUCAACGACUUUGAACGUAUCACGGGCUACUGUGAGCAAAUGGAUGUCCAUCAACCUGCUGUUACUGUUCGUGAAGCACUUCAGUUUUCUGCCAAUUUACGUCAGCCUGCUGAAACGCCUCAAUCCGAAAAGGAUGCCUAUGUUGAACAAAUUAUUGAAUUGCUUGAAAUGGAAGAUAUUUCGGAUGCCCAAGUAGGUAAUGUUGACUUUGGAUUUGGUAUCUCUGUCGAAGAAAGAAAGAGACUCACGAUUGGUAUGGAGCUGGUGGGCAAACCCCAACUUCUGUUUUUGGAUGAACCUACCUCUGGUCUUGACGCUCAAAGUUCCUUUAACAUUAUUCGUUUUAUUCGUAAAUUAGCCGAUGCUGGCUGGCCUGUUCUUUGUACCAUUCAUCAACCUUCGGCCAUCUUGUUUGAUCAUUUUGAUCAUCUUUUGUUAUUGGUUCGCGGUGGAAGAACUGCAUAUCAUGGCGAGAUCGGUGAAGAUGCUCGUAUCAUGAUUGAUUAUUUUGAAAAGAAUGGAGGUCCUAUCUGCUCUGUUGAUGCUAACCCCGCUGAGUAUAUUCUUGAGGUUGUCGGUGCUGGCACUGCUGGAAAAGCCAGACAAGACUGGGCUGAUAUUUGGGCUGCUUCUCCCGAAUCCAAGGCAUUAAGUCAAGAAUUGGAACACGUUCAUGAAGUUGCUGAUCAGAACCCUCAACGUGAAGCCCUCACUUAUGCUACUUCCUUUAAAACUCAAUUCUACCUUGUUCAUAAACGUAUGGCGUUAGCAUACUGGCGUUCACCUGAUUAUAAUAUUGGUCGUUUCAUCACUAUCAUGUUCACCUCCUUGAUUACUGGUUUCACUUACUGGAAAUUGGGUAAUUCUGUAUCUGAUCUGAAAAGUCGAACCUUUGCCCUUUUUGCUUCCUUCAUCAUGGCAAAUAUCCUGAUUAUCUUGGCACAGCCUAAAUUCAUGACAGAGAGAAUGUAUUUUAGAAGAGAAUACGCUUCGCGAUAUUAUGGAUGGAUUCCGUUUACUGUCUCAGUGGUGCUUGUCGAAAUUCCCUAUAUAUUGGUGCUGGGUGCCUUUUUUAUGUGCGGCUUUUACUGGACAGCUGGAUUAACUAACGUUUCUGAAGCUGUAGGCUACUUUUAUAUCAUGCUGGUGUGUUUUGUAUUCUGGGCUGUUACACUUGGUUUUGUCAUUGCCUCUGUUGCGGAAAAUCCCGUGAUGGCGGGUGUUGUUAAUCCAUUAGUUAUUUCCUUAUUUAUUCUAUUUUGUGGGUUUAUGCAACCUGCCAAGUCUAUGCCUCGUUUCUGGAGUAGUUGGAUGUACUGGCUGAACCCGUUUCAUUACUUUAUUGAAGGUCUGGCUGUCAAUGAAUUAAGUUAUAUUGUAGCAGAAUGCAGCGAUAAGGAUUUAGUUAAAUUCUUACCACCUCCUGGACAAACCUGUGGUGCCUACACUCAAAACUUCUUUUCCUAUGGAGCAACUGGAUCUAUCGCUAACCCUGAAGCCAUGCAACCUGAUUUGUGCGGCUAUUGUGCAUUCAAGUCCGGCGCCGAGUUUUAUGAGACUUCCUUUGGUUGGGAUGUUGCUAAUAAAUGGAGAAACUUGGGUAUCGUUAUUGCAUUCUUUGUAUUCAACGUUUUCUGCUUUGGCGGUCUAGUUUAUUGGAACCGUAAAGGAAGAAGAUAAACAUUACCUUUCACCUUUUAGUCCUGUGACAUAUAGUGUACCUUUAAUAUCUAAUUAUUUUCAUCAAAAUUAUUUUUAACAAUAAACAAUUUUAAUCAAUCACA